AUGCUAGUUCUUGCUAUCGUCAAUGUCGUCGCGACGAUCACGUCUGUAGCUCUUUGUCUGUCCCCGUACCCAGACUUUCGACGAAUUCAAACACAGAAGAGUACGGGUGAGGUCCGCAUUCUCCCAGUGUUGAUGCUGUGCUGCAAUUGCGCGUUGUGGGCGCUUUACGGACUCAUCAGCGGCAGCUACUUCCCCGUCAUGUCCAUCAACAUAUUUGGCAUCAUGACAACAGUCACCUUCUCUGCGAUUUUCUACCGCUGGUCGACCGAGCGAGCCACACUGAACAAGAUGGCUGCAUGUACCGGACUCGGACUUAGUACAGCGGUGGCAUUCACAGCGCUCGCAUUGACUGGGGUUAUAUCAGUACAGACUGCUCAACUAAAAGAAAUAAUCGGCUACUGUGCAGUUUCCAUUAAUAUUUGCCUCUACGCUGCUCCACUGCAGACCAUGAAGCUCGUGAUUAACACCAAAUCGUCUGCUUCGCUACCGUUUACAAUGUGCGUCGUCAACUUGUUCAACGGAACACUGUGGUGUAUGUACGCGAUUCUCAGCAACGACAUGUUCGUUCUUACCCCAAACUCGCUGGGUGUGGUCAUGUGCGUCGUCCAAGUGACUUUGGCAGUCAUUUAUCGACCCAAGAAACAGGAGAUUGAAUUGAAGGUGGUGACGGAGGUGAAUGCCCCCGUGACGAUCGAAGGUGUUGUCAAAAUUGAACCUUUGAAUCGAGCUAAGAGUGAAAUGGUACUUGCUGUCACUACCUGCGCUGAAGCCGUGGCCAUCGAGUUUGCGCGCUCCCAGUCGUGCAGAGCCGUCGCAGCUCCCCCGAUAUCCCAAACAGCUUAG